AUGACACCUCUGUUUUCCUUUUCUACCUCAGGUACUGUCCGAUCUUCUACCUCAACUCAUCCUCCAGAAUUGAGUGAAGAUUUACUUCAGGCAAGAAGAUGGAUUCUGCCUGACCCCGGAUCUAAUGGUUAUCAGCAGUCGGAGGCGGGGUCAAUGGACAGUGAUUCUAGCGUUCACGAUGAUUUUCCUGGUGAAUUGGAGAAACGAGUUAUGCCAUCUCGUGGCAAUUGA